GCGUCCGAUGGCUCGUAUCCUGUGGCUACGAUAUGGGAUCUCCCCUGCAGUGGGGAGAGCACGGGGGAUGAAGCUCUGGUAGCAAAUUGGCCUUAGCGGUAAGAUCCUUGCGUUCGGUUACGAGCAGUAUAACACCCGAUUUUACAAAGUCAGUCAGCUCUGCUGGCUCUGAAGAUAAACCAUUCCCAAGCAAAGCUUGAUCACAGCGGUCAUCAAGAUGGAUUCUGAUCAAGAGGUUGCAAAGGAACCUGCAGCCCAGGAAUCUAUAGAGGAAAGGGCACAACAUCCUCACGACUCUAUCUACAAUAUCCGCCCAUGGAACAACCGCAUGGGUCGAACCAUUAGUUGUGUGAGCACUAUUGGCGAAGAUGAUGACCCCGGCUUGGGAAGGCCUACAGACUUCAAGCAAAAUCAGGUUUUCACAGGGAAAAUGCUUUUUUGGCUCGCUUACCAGUCUAUCGGCGUCAUAUAUGGGGAUAUCGGGACUAGUCCUCUCUAUGUCUAUUCGUCUACGUUCAGCGAAGCGCCAUCCCGUCAAGACCUCAUCGGCGUGCUCUCCAUAAUCAUCUGGAGCAUCUCCUUGAUGGUGACUGUGAAAUACAUUUUCAUCAUAUUGAGGGCGGAUAAUGAUGGGGAAGGGGGUACAUUCAGCACGUAUUCUCUUCUUAGUCGCUAUAUGAAUAUCACCCACCGCGAUCCCCGAGAAGCCUCCCUCGUGCAGAUGAAGAGACACUUGUCGACUGAUCUUGAGAGCGCUAGCAGAUAUGUUCGCCAUAGCCUGGAGACAAGCAAGUUUGCAAAGCGCCUGCUAAAGGUGGUGGGUGUAUUGGCUGUGACAAUGGUUCUUGCAGAUGGCCUUCUUACCCCCGCUCAAUCCGUGUUAGGCGCUGUCCAAGGAAUUGAAGUCGUCUCCCCCAACAUAUCCAAAGGCACCGUGAUCGGAGUUACCGAUGCUAUCCUGGUCCUAUUGUUCCUUAUACAACCCCUCGGGAUCACACGUUUCUCCUUCGCCUUCGCCCCGAUCGUUAUCAUCUGGCUUGGUUUCAAUGCUGCGUUCGGGAUUUACAACCUCGUCAACUAUGAUGCUGGGGUUUUUGUUGCUUUCAACCCAGGGUAUGCCUUUGAGUUCUUGAUCCGCCAUGGAGAGUCGGGAUGGAGAAUGCUAAGUGGCACUCUACUUGCUUUCACCGGAGUCGAGGCCCUUUUCGCCGACCUUGGUGCUUUUAGUCGUCGGGCCAUCCAGAUAAGUUGGCUAUGCUACACCUUCCCAUGCCUGCUUCUGGCAUAUACAGGGCAGGCAGCAUACAUCAGUGUACAUCCGGAGGCGUACUCGAAUCCGUUCUACAACGCAGCGCCUCCGGGUACCAUUUAUCCUGCACUUGUGAUUGCCAUUCUAGCAGCUAUUGUUGCGUCCCAGGCAAUCAUCACUGCCACAUUUCAGCUACUAGCACAAGUUGUGAAACUCUCAUACCUUCCGCAGAUAAAAGUUAUUCAUACGUCCGAUAUUUUCCACGGGCAGCUGUUUGUCCCCAUUGCGAAUUGGUUGUUGAUGGUCGGGACUAUCCUUGUGGCAUCUAUAUACAACAAUACUACAUCUCUUGGAAAUGCAUACGGAGUCUGUGUCAUCUUUGUAACGUUCUUUGACACAUGCAUGGUAGCCAUGGUAGCGAUCUUUGUGUGGCGCAAGAGUCCUUAUCUUGUGUUUCUACCAUGGCUUACGAUUGUUUGCCUUGACGGGGCAUACCUUUCUUCAGCACUGACCAAGGUCCCAACUGGCGCAUGGUUCACACUUGCAGUGGCCACCAUCCUCGCCCUGAUCUUUCUUCUCUGGAGAUUUGGAAAGGAGCAGCAGUGGCUUGCCGAAUCCGAAGACCGCUAUCCAACCUCACAUUUCGUGACCAGGGAUCAGGAUGGCGAUAUGUAUCUUACAGAUCGGUUUGAAGGUAUUCCUUUGAGCACGACGCAGGGUGUGGGUAUAUUUUUCGACAAGGCUGGCGAGACCACACCCAUCGUCUUUAGUCAGUUCAUUCUCAAGCUCACGACGAUGUUUGAAGUGAUUAUUUUCUUUCAUCUCCGACCCCUUGAGACCCCAUCCGUUCCCACGGAAGACCGUUAUACAGUUUCCAAGCUCGCCAUCCCAAACUGCUACCGCCUGGUCGUACGCUACGGUUAUAAUGAUGAGAUUAUCUCACCCGAUCUCGCAAGCACAAUCACCGAGCAGGUCCAUAGAUACCUGAUCACAAACAGAUACCACAUUAAUCAGACCGAAGCGAUUACGAGGUUGAGUCAAUCCAGCCGGGAAAUAAGCCAGGAUAUGAUAGCUAUUGGAGAGUCACCCAUGGCAUCCAGCAGGGUGAAAUCUACCGAUCCACUGGCGCGGCUCGAGAAGGCCUGUGCGCAUAACAUACUCUACAUCACUGGCAAGGAGCAGAUGAGGAUCAAAAAGGAAACCAACAUUUUCCGACGACUUGUGCUGUGGAUUUUCUUGUGGAUCCGGGACAACACCAGGACGAAGAUCGCAUCUCUAGGACUGGGAGCUGAAAAGGUCAUUGAGGUAGGAUUUUUGAAAGAUAUAUGACCAGACUUUGUAGCAACAUAAGGAAUAUCGCAUCACAGGAGACUACUCCAUUGGACUUAGAACUCCACGUUAAAUACUUGUAUUCCAAUUUGAAUUUUCC